AUGACCAUUCUGUCAUACAAUAUCACAUAUAGAUCAAAAACCUCUUUCAAUGUAUGUUAUAACUCAACACGAAAACAUAACGCUGGGCUGUGGAAUGCUAGAAACACCUUGGACUCUCCUAUCCCAAUGCUCAUUAUCCAACUCCUCUCCAUCUUGGUGCUCAGUCGCGUUCUUGCCUACCUUCUCAAACCCUUGCGCCAACCUCGCAUUGUUACUAAUAUUCUGGCUGGCGUUCUAUUAGGUCCAUCUGUGUUUUCGAUCACCAGCAUUAUGGGAGUCACCAUAACUCCUUUCGAUACCAUAAUGACCUUAGAGACUUUUGCAAACUUGGGGCUGGUGUUCCACGUUUUCCUGAUCGGAUUAGACUUUGAAAUCAGACCAGUAGUACGUGCAGGGACCAAGGCCAUCAGCAUUGCCGUGGCCGGGCUGGUUUUCGCCAUCCCCACCGGGUGGGUCUUGCAUACCUAUGUACUCUUCAAAGACUUUGAAACUGUGAGAGACAAAAGCAAUUUGAAAAACGCAUCGUAUGGCCCCAUUUUCUGGGGCAUUAUCCUCGCCAGUACCAACUUCUCUGAUCUCACCCAGAUUCUGGCCGACUUCAAGCUUCUCCACUCAGAGGUGGGACGACUAGCCAUAUCUGGUGCCAUUAUCUCCGACGUGGCGUUGUGGAAUGUUUUUCUUGUGGUAAUGGCCAUACUAGCUGAUGGUAAAUUGUACACGGUGUUGUUAACCCUAGGCUUCAUGGCAUUCUGUGUUCUGUUACUUCGGCCAGCUCUCGCCUGGGCAAUGCGCUACACUACUAAGGAUGACAGCUUUAGUGAUGUCCAAAUAUGCUGUAUUCUGUUUGGCAUUGUAUUCUGUGGAUUAAUAACCGAUGCCUGCGGUGGACACUCCAUCGUCGGACCUUUCAUGCUGGGAGCAGUUAUGCCCAAGGGGAUGCACUUCAAGCAGAUAUUUAAAGAUCGUGCCGGAAAGUUUGUGGACAACAUUUUCAUGCCCCUUUUUUACUUGGUCAUUGGGGGGAGAUUCAAUUCCGUUUGGCUUUUCGGUGAUCUGGAUCCGCAGAUGAAAACUGAAUCGAACGUGCCUCAGCUUGUCGGUGUGAUCAUCCUGGCUCUUGGAGCUAAAAGUGUCGGCACUUUCAUCGCUGCUUUGUUCCACAAAAUGACACCUCGAGACGGUUUAGUUCUGGGAAUCCUCAUGAACACCAAAGGCUUAUUGGCACUCAUUAUACUCACCUCCUCUCGCGACCUAAAGGUAUGUGACUAUUUGCUUAUAGAAUCUGACAUGCAUCAGGCUUUGGACAACCAAACAUAUGGAGUAAUGUUGGUUGCAGUUUGGGCAAUGACGGUUCCUGUUGGACCCUUCCUAGCCCUCAUUUGCAAGUCCUCCAAGAGUUCUGCAUAUAAACCUAGAAGCAUACAAAGUGCAGGAGCAGAAAGUGAGCUUCGAAUCCUUGCAUGCACCCACACUACCAGCAAAGCAUCAGGCAUCAUAAGCCUCAUCGAGGCUUCCAAUCCGUCCAGAAAAUCUCCAAUUAACGUCUUAGCUGUUAAACUGGUCGAACUUACAGAUCAUAAUGCUGCUAUGCUCAUCGUGCAUGAUGCUUGCAACAAAGCUGGAGCAGAUGGCAAUAACAAGCUACAAUAUGACUUCAGCUCCAAUGCAUUUGAGUUCUAUGCAAGUCAAAGAGAGAAUGUCUCCGUCCAAUCACUCACCGCAGUGUCCGCCUAUGCCACUAUGCACCAGGAUAUAUGCAACAUGGCUGACGAGAACGACGUCAACUUCAUAAUCAUCCCGUUCCGAAUGAAAACUACUAUUGAUGGAGUCCCAGAUGAUCGUUACGAUCCUCUUCUCUCGGAAAUCAGUCAGAAGGUCAUGGAAAAUGCCAGGUGCACCGUAGGUCUUUUUGUGGAUUGUGGGCUCGUCACAUCCAGAAUCACAAACAUGCGCAAUGCUUCUUUGGAGUCAUACAACUACGCCAUGCUUUUCAUUGGAGGGCCGGAUGAUCGAGAGGCACUAGCGUACGCAUGGAGGAUGGCUGGGCAUCCUAGGGUAAACUUAACAGUUAUACGGUUCACCCCAAGUAAAGAAGCACAAGAGGAGAGUAAUCAUGGCGAUAAGGAAUACAAGGCAGACGAAAACACCUGCAGGAAGCAGAGGCAGCUUGACGACUCAUGCAUAGAUGACUUCAAACUUAAGUCCAUGAAUGAACCAUCCGUAGCUCUGUGUGAGAAACAUGCGAAUAAUUUGGAAGAAAUUAUCAGCAUAGUAAGCACCAUGGAUGGUCAAUAUCAGUUGUACAUAGCGGGAAGAGGUCAUGAUGGUUGCUCUCCAAUAACACCACCGUUGUUCGAAAACAACAAGAACAAUAAGCUCGGAACUUGGGGUGAGACAUUAGCAUCUUCAAGCUUCCUGGGAAGUACAUCCCUUCUUAUAAUACAGCAGGGCGCAUAUAUGGAUGAACUAAUUGAAUUAAGAGUGGGAUCUCUUGGGAGACAUUUGAGAGAAACAACUUGGCAAUCUCCUGUAGAAGACACCGAAGAUUCGUUGCUCAAAACUAGUAGGCAGUAG